AAACCUAAAAUACAGCCUGUAAGAAAACUAAUGCAGUGUUGCACUGAUUGAAAUUUUGUAGGUGGUGACAGUGGAUUGGAUGGGUUAGGAGGACCAGGAGUACAACUUGGAAGCCCUGAUAAGAAAAAGCGCAAAGCAAACACACAGGGAUCGUCAUUUCCUCCUCCAUCUGAAUAUGCUCCACCGCCGAAUCCAAGCUCUGACCACCUUGUAGCUGCAAAUCCAUUUGAUGACAACUAUAACACUGUGUCUUACAAACCACUUCCUUCAGGAAAUCCAUAUUUUAGUAAUCCUGGUUAUCCUGGCUUUGGAGGCUAUAACACUUUCAGAAUGCCACCUCACAUGCUGCCCAGAGUGUCCUCGCCAUAUGGUGGUUCUUACUCCCUCAGAAACCAACCACAUCCCCUUCCUCAGAACCCUGUGGGAAUGGGUUUUAGUCGACCCCACUCUUUCACCUUCGGUCCACAUGAUAACCCAGGUUUUGGGAAUCAGCCACCUUACAGCAGUGGUCAGAUAAAUCAGAAUGUCAAUAUGCCUGGUCAGCAUUUCAGACCAAAUCCCGGUGAGAACUUUGGCCAUUCUGGUCAGAUACCUCACCCCGAUGUGCCGUCUAACUUUGGUCCUGGCAACAAUCCAAAUUUCCCAAAUUCUCAGCUAGAGUCAAACCAUUCUUUUGUUCCUCCACCAAACACUUACACCCAGACAAAAUCAUCAGCACAAAAGCAAGACUUUAGUCAAGGUGCAAGCAAACCGUCUAGUCAGAACACUGCUGCUCAUCAGCAUCAUCACAGGACAGAGGACAUUGUGAGUCAAGGUAACAGUGACCUAAAAAAUGUUACUCGAAACAAUGUGGUAAAUCAGGAUAAUAGCCAUUCUAAUAGUGCUGAUAACACUAAUGCUGGCCAUUCAAAUGGGACUCAGAGUAAGUCCCGCCAGCCUCGAGGUACUGCUGAAGGAUGCAACUCUGAAAAGAGCAGCAAAACACCCCUUCAUCCCAGUCGUCACGGCCACUCGUCCUCUGAACCCGUCUAUCCGUGUGGAAUUUGCACGCACGAAGUUAACGAUGACCAGGAUGCCAUCCUGUGCGAAGCCUCUUGUCAAAAAUGGUUUCAUCGGAUCUGUACAGGCAUGACUGAGUCAGCUUACGGCCUCCUCACAGCGGAAGCGUCGGCAGUGUGGGGCUGCGAUACCUGCAUGGCUGACAAAGAUGUCCAGCUCAUGCGUACCAGAGAGGCUGCGGGACCACCUGCCUUGAACACGGAUGGCUGACACCGUGGAUUGGUCGUAGGGCUUCAAACACUUGCUGUGAAGAUUUGGUUACAAAUUGGGUACUUCACUUUCUGCAGACAAUCGGUUGUGUUUGACUUGCUGUCAUCGUUUUUUUCUCUUUUUGAUUCAUAAACUUCCAUCUCAUAAACUUCUUUUGUACUCUUAGUUUUAUGUGUGCAAAUUUUUUUUACUUUUUUUUGUUUCUGAUUAAACUGACAACUGGUCAGAAGUAGGAUGUGCAUUGACAAUUUUAUUGACUGAAAAAUUGUGCCUGUAUGUAAUUUGCUAGUGUUCAUGUGUUUAACUAACACUAGCAUACAGUGCUUGGUUUUAAUGGUACUAUAUUUGCAAGCACUCGUUACAUUUUAUUUUGGGGGGGUGAAUGUCCAUUACUGAUGUUCUUGCUAUCCUUUCUUUGAAUAUAGUGGGGAUGACAUGGAGGAAUGUGCAGUACUAAUAGUUUUCAUUUUAGGGAAAAUUAGGAGAAUUUCCUGUGUGCUUUUUUCCUUAUUUCGAAUUAAAAUAUUAACACACUAUUCAGAAGUCGAUGACUUCAUGCUUAGUAACAGAAUGAAACCCACUAACUCCUAAACAUUUGUAUUUCCCUGAAAAGGCAAUGAUCUUAUUUUGACUUCUCAGCAAAUACUUGCUGAAGACUCUUUCUAGGUCUUGCAGUAUUUGGAAAUAGUUACAAAAUAUGAUUACAUUGGAAAAAGAACACAUCAAGGUUAUGAAGUCCAGUGCUUUAAAUCUAGAGAAUACCAAAACUAAGGUUGCACGUGUAACCUUAAUCCAUUUAUCUUAAGCACGUACAUUAGGGUACAGUCUGCAUCUGUCACGGUUGUGCAGUCGUGCACCUCUCUCAUCCUUUCUCACUGAUGGUUCUAGGCUCCUGCCUCAGUGCUGCCUGAGAAUUGUGAAUUAACUAGUGCAGGGAAGGUCCUGCCCAUCUUCUAGGGCUUCCAGCUAGAGCCUGCUCGGUCAUCCUGAGCUUACACAGUCCACUUGGCAUGAAGGAGAGUGCAAGGCAAUCGAGAGUGCUCAGCACGGGCUCUGAACUGCAAGAUAGUUUGGCCGGCAAAGUCUUAAAAGUGAAUUCCCACCGCUGCCUCAGCUGGUCUUGCAGAGGGGGUGAAGGAAAAUACGGCUUUCACAUCAGGUGACUUUAGCUCACAUCAGGAGCAGGUAAACAGGAGUUUAGCUGCUUUGCAAAACUUGAUGUUGUGCUGACAAGUAUGAAUGGCAUUAGAGCUUCGUGUGUGAUGCUAAGAAUUCAGGUUCAAUAUGGGUAAUUUGAUCUUAUUCUUGAUCUCAAAAAUGCCCCCCCUCCUUUUUUUUUUUUUUAAUGUGGGGAAAGAUCUAGCCUUGAAGACUUCAGCCUUAGCAGUGUGAUAAAGUUGCGUAUGCAACUGAACGUGAAUGUUUCCUUAGAGAGGAGUGUUGUUUUAACUUAAUAAAAGAUGACACUGUAAUAACAGCCUCUGCUUGUGAUACCACUCUGCUGGAAACUUAGAGUUUUUGUACAGUCAGCAAUUAAAUCAUGUCAGGCAUUACAGGUACUAGUCACAUUCCUUAACGUGAUAAACGGUUCAGGUCUGUAGUGCUGAGUGAUGUAGGAGCCUCUAUAGCAUACAGUCAGCUCUAUAAAGAGGUAGUUUUUAUGGUAAGCUGUGCCAGUGAGUCACAGUAAGGCCUGUUUGCUAGUUCACCACUGUGUUUGAAUUUAAAUGGGCUCUACUGUGGUACUUUCCUGGAAGACACUGUGCAGAUGUACAUAACUGUCCCUGUUUUAUUUUAAAAGUGAAAAGUUGUAUACUUUUACUGGAGAAGUGUAGUAUUGCCCUCCUUUUUUGUCUUGCCUCUCAUCAGGAAAAAGGAAAUUAUGUCUAAAGUGUAAAAGACACAGUUCGUAUCUUGAGGAUUUCCUGUAUGGAGGUGUAAAGAAAGUGUAAGGUAGAUCCAGGGCUUCUGUUUGCAUCACUAUUUGCUUUAUUUAGUACAGAGACUAAACUUAAUCUUGUUUUGUUAGAAGAGUAAUAUUUAAAAACAAAGAACAAAAAUACCACCAAGCCACAACCUCUGUUAGAUUUACUCUUCCGUAGUUUUCUGAAUGGCUGACCAACUGUUAGAACUUGCUUUUGAUGUCUAUAGUAGAAAUUAAACCAAACCUUGUUUAGAUGGAUUUGCUCCUCUGUGUAUCAGUUUAACCUCUGCAAAAAUUUGCGCUGUGAAGGCAGUGGAGCUGGUUCAGACCUACAGCAAUGUAAAUUAAAAAACUUUGCUUGGUGAAAAUUCAUCGAAAGCUCCAAUUAUGGUGUUACCCAAGCGUGCUGUUCACGGUUCCUUUCUCACUCCCACACCUCAUUCCUCUUGUGGGAAGAUGUUUGGGGCAUCUGUUCUCAGAAGUCCAAUUAAUGUUUUAACAUUUUAGAGCAGACAUUAUAUUUAAAAUAGCCAUCUCUUCCUCAACCCUACAUGAGGUGUUUUCUGUAUUAGCUAGCAAGACGUUAGAGUUUAAAUAUAGUGUUCUUACAGACUUAAAAAUCAACUGGAGUAUCAUUUUGUAAGGCCUUAAAUUGUGUAUUUGUGAAACUUAUUCUAACAAUCUAUUUUGGUUUUUGUAAACUGGUACUAUGUUGGGUUUGUAACCCAGGAAAUUUUCUGCGUUUGUUAACCGACAAAUACAAGACAUUAGCAAAUGCCAAUUGUAUAAAAUAAAAAUAAAUUAACCACAAACCCAACCUUGUUAUCACACUGAUUGUAGAGAUACAACUGAUUAGGAUCUCCAAAAGUCAUCCAGUCAAUAUGCUUGCCCUACUGAUAUGCUCUUGGCAUACCUGGACUCUGUCUGGAGAGGGUUUGUUUUUCUCUGCAUGUGUUGACUAGUAGUAGUUCAAGUAUGCACAGGAAAAACAACAAUCAUGUUUUGUUAGUAAGGUAUUAGGAAAAUGUCAGCUGCUUAGAAUUAGAAAUUAGUUAUAGGAGGGUGGGGGGGAGGGAGGGCUGGUUAGAAUAGGCGAGGAUUUUUGUAAUACUCUACAUGAAACAAUUUGUAUUGAACUAUCAUGUGCUUCUUUCAUUACUAGUGAUUUAGACUGUACUGGUGCUGCACACCAAAAAUAUCGCAAAGAUUUUGUAAAUCUUACAAACCUUAACAUUUUUGUGGGGAAACGCCUGUGUCCUUUUUAAACAGCUCCUUGUCAUGGUCAGAAAUGCAGCCUAUAUUGCCCAAAAUAUAUAUUUUUUUCCAUUCCCCCCCGCCCCUGCUGAAAUAAAUAGGUACUGGGUUGAACUCUUCUUAAUACUUAGGGGGGGUUUGCUAGAGACCAGUUUUAAAUGAGAAAUUGUGUCAUUUGCUCUUUAAAACACUUGUUCUAUUGGUGGUAGGGUAAGUGACACUGUUGCAUAUAUAGGCUAGAGGGUAGAUAACAAAAGUCCUGUUUCUGGCUUUUUUUGCUCACCCCUUCUAAAACUUGAGACAGGCAGGUUAACUGUUUGUGCCUCAGUUUCUUUUAGAAGAUAGAACUAAUGCUUACUUCCCCAGGGUGUUCAGAGGCCUAGUUAUUAUUUGAGAUCUUCAGAUGAAAGACUAGAGGAGAGUAAUAAUGAUUGCUCUAUUUGAAACAAGAAUAUAAUUUUGGGGGCUGCUCAAAGAAGAACAGACUUUGUGACCUCUGAGGUUUUUGGUCUAAGAAGCAGUUUUGUAAUCACCCUUUUCAGGCUUGACUUCAAGCAUGUGAGAAUUCACGAGUCAGUGGAACUGCAUGCACACAGCCAAGAACGUUUCAAAGUGUUUGCAGUUCAGGCCGAUGAUACUUGCAAGCAAAAUGCUUUUUAUGGUUUGAGAUUUUUACAAAAUCAAUGGUGUACAAAUGUAGCACCUUUUUAACCUUUGUCUUUAUUCCAACUUCAUACGAUAACGCAUCUGCAUUCAAUAGAUCCCUUUCAUUUUAUAAAUAAACAUUGCCUGGCGGUAAAAGUAUUUGGUGUAAUGUUUUUAAAAAAGGACUCAUGCUUCUUAUCAUGUUGUAUGUGACUUAAAUGACUGUUUCAUAUUAAAACUAAUCUUUCCUUAUGUACUGCUUAAAUAUACCUGUUUUGGGAUAUCAGUUCAGUACUUUUUAUACAAUCUUGAAUGUGUUCCACAUUGGUGACAUGUAUUUUUGCAGCAACUUUUUUUGUUUCGAUUUUAAAUUAGAGCAUGUCUGAAGUAAUACAUGCAUUAGUGCUGUGGUGUGUGGCAAAGUUAAUGUACGUAAUUCAAAUUGGAAAAAGGUUUCCAGACUUUGUCCAACGUUAACCCUGUGGCCAGGGAUUAAAUUACUAUGUAAUACAAAUUAUUUCAUAUCACGAUGUGUUUUAAGCUACUCUAUGAAGUAUGUGAAACAUGAUUGUUUAUGGAUCGGUAGCUUGCGUGGUAUCUUGCAUAGAAUGAGGUAUGAUAGAUGGUAGCAAUCCAUGGUAAUUAAAACUGACUACCUUUCAGAACACGCAGCACUUCUGUGCAUUGUCAUCUCGUUGCCAUAACUGUUAGUAUGAAUUUCUUAAUAUUAUCCACUGACAAAUGGGUGAACAUUUGGUAAUAAGCUCACGGGUGUGAAAAUUCUAUUCUAACGCUCUACUUGGUUUACAAAACGUGUAAUUUUUUAAUCUAUUGGAUGUGAUUAGAUAUAUGCAGGAGGAUGUAGAACUGGAUGUAUUUUAAAGUUAUUCUGCGAUUACUAAGUUUUUUCUGAAGCUUUCUAUAUUAGAAUAGACUGUUCCUUAAAAUUGGAAAAUUAAGUGUACUUAGCAGAACUCUUAAGGCAAUAUAACUCUCCUACACUACAUCGUGAGUUAUGCACAUUCACUUCUUUGUAUAGAACUCUGAUUUCUUGUUGGCUUAUGCUUUAUAUGGAAAUAAAGGGUCCCUUUAGCGCCCUAGUGUUGUGUCAUCAGUUCUGAGGUAAUUAAUUCUGAAUGAUGUUCAGCCCCUUAGAGGUGCUGCCUGUAGCUUAAAGUAUUCAAUGUCACCCUUGGUUUCCUGGUUCAGAAAUGGCUUAUCCCAAACAUCACAGGGGAUACCUAUUUUUGUAAUGUUUGCCAUGUGUGAUUAGUUUUCCUUUUCAUGUUCAAACAAACUGUCUGUCUCAAAAUAAUUUCUGAUCCAACCCCACCUUUUUACUCGGAGGUUUGUGCACUGUAAUUCAGCAGUUGCUGUAUUGGAGACAGUUUGGGAUUGGAGUCAUGAGAGGGGGUGUGUCUAUUCGUAGACACUCAUCUCCUCUUCUAAAGGAUGGUCUAAAUUUGAACUUCCAGAUAACUUAAGGAGGGCAAGCUUUUAAUAUGCUACUUUUUUUUUCCUUUCUUGCUAGUUUUUUUCUGAAAUGUGAAAUAAUACAGAGUUGUUGAGGGAUUUUUACUUAAAAGACAGUCUCUCCUCCAAGCUUUUGUAUAUGGCCUUUAGAGCAGACACUGUGUUCUUUAGGGCCUUCUGACUUGGAAUUUUUUUCUCCACAUUCUCUUCCUUUCAGUGUUAAAGGUAAUUUGAAGAAGAUAAGUUACCAAUCUACUGCCAUCCAAACAGUGCAAAAUAUAAAAUGAUUAAGAUUGUUGACAUUUAGGGUUUUUGUUAAAAAUGAUGUGAUAUUUUACCUUUUAGAAGAACAUAUAUCAGAAUCUGAUUCAAGUGUUCUUGGAAAAUGUAUAUGGUAGAUUUUGUCCAGCACUGUAUGUAACUUUGUUGCUUUCUGUUGUCUGGUUUCAAUUUCUUUUAAAAUAAAGAUAAUUUUUGCGGGGAAGUUGCCUGUUGAUUUUAUGAAGAUGAUGUAAUGCCUAGAUAAACUCUUCUCAUGUUUUGCCUGUGAGUAAGCAUUUGGAUUAGGCAUAAUCCAGCAAGAAACAGUAUGAGGUGGUACUGAUCAGAAAAGACAGCUCCUGCCUCUCUUGGAGAGGUCUGCUGUUCCGUAGAG